AUGACCGGGAUCUACGGAACAAAUGACCCCGCAUUCGAUUCGGUGCGGGGCCUCUUACAAAAACAUCUUGCCUCCGGAAGCGAAUUGGGUCUUUCCCUCUGCGUCAACAUCGAUGGCAAAGAAGUCCUCGACUUAUGGGGCGGUCAUGCCGACGUGGCAAAGACAAAGCCGUGGGAAAAGGACACCCUCACUGUCAUUUGGUCCUGCUCCAAGGUAGUCACCAACCUAGCCGCCAUACUGCUCGUCGAUCGCGGUCUGCUCGACGUAAACGAGAACGUCGCGACAUACUGGCCCGAGUUUGCAGCCAACGGCAAAGAGAAUGUCAAAGUCUCCCAUAUCCUCAGCCACACUUCCGGCCUUCCUGCAUGGGAUCUCCCCAUAACCCUGGAAGAGGUCUGCGAUAACAAAACGGCUACGGAAAAACUUGCCCAGCAAGCCCCGUGGUGGAACCCCGGCGAGGGCAGUGGGUACCACCUUGUCACGCAGGGCCACAUUAUCGGCGAGAUUAUCUUCCGUAUCACCGGCAAGUCGCUGGAGAAGUUUGUUGAAGAAAAUAUCACGCGUCCGUUGGGCGCAGACUUCCAGUACGGAGUUCCGGAGGAGCGGUGGUCUCGUACGGCGGAUGUUAUUCCCCCUCCGCUCCCGUCUGUUGGAAGCCUUGAUCCUGGUAGUGUGAUGGUUCGAGCUUAUAUGGGAUCGCCUCUUCCGGCGGAAGUUUCCAUGAUGCCGGUUUUCAGGAAGGCUGUUUUGGGUGCUAGCAAUGGGUUUAGUAAUGCGCGGGCGAUGGCUCGGAUUGGGUCUAUUGUGUCGCUUGAUGGCACCGCUAAUGGGAAGUAUCUUGUGGGUCCUAAGACACUUGCAGAAUUUCUUGAAGAACAGGUUCAAGGGCAUGAUCGUGUUACCGGGGAAUUUGUUCGAUUCGCUCUCGGCGUGGCUCUGUCGGAUUCGCGGACUCGUCCUUGGAUUCCAGAGGGCGAUAUUUGCUUCUGGGGAGGAUGGGGCGGCUCGAUAAUUAUCAUGGACCGUGAAAGACGGAUGACCAUCGCGUAUGCCAUGAAUAAUAUGGCUGGAGUUGGAACUAUUGGAAACCCCAAUACUGAGGCAUAUGUCAGAGAAAUCUACGAGGCCGUGAAGAAUAUCACUGUAUAA